CGAGGUGAACGUCUGCCAAGAGGAUGACGAGCGUUUCGUGAGUUCGUUACUAGAACGAUCUUGUAGCGAGCGAAUUUUUGUGCCGUCGUUAAUCAGUGAGAGGGUGAACGAUUCGCGAGUGAACAUAUUUAUGGAGAAGAGAUUUUUGAGAGCGAAUUCUUGGAUAACAAACGAGAACUUCCUGUUGGAAGUCGACGUUACUCAAAGCUACACACCCGUAUUACCAUCGGUCAAGACUAGAAACUCAUUUUCUUGAGAAGAAUUAGUCGAGAUUAUCUCGUCUCUUCAACGACAGAUCACAGGCAAAAUGGCGUCUCGUUAUCAAGCGCGCGAAUAUCGAUUCGGCUGGAUCUUAAAAAUCCUCCUGCUCUGCUUCGUUCUGGUCUCAAGCCACGAAGGGAUCCCUUCGAAUCAUCAGAGCACACCGAAUGCGUCCACCUUGACGAUAGAGGCCCGAGAAUCCGAAGCGUCGAUAACUCUGGGGAAGGAUCUCAUGCUUGGUCCAACGUCGUCGACCAACGCGGCGUUCCUCGCUAACAUCAGCAACUCCAGUGGCGACAUGGCGACGACGAGGACCGAUUCACUUGUGAAUCCCACGAUCGUCGGCCAGGUGCAUGCCGACGAAUACAGCGGCAACGUCAUCCAGAAACCCGUCUCGAAAAGUUCCCGAUGGUUUUGGCACGUUCACAACAAUCCCCAAUGGACGAGCAAGAGUUCAAAGACCGCCUGGAAGAGAGACAGUUAUCUCGAGGCACUGAGACACUCUCGCAAUAACGACGAUCCGCGAGAAGGUGUCGUACGGACGGACUCGAAGACGAAAGCGAAUAGGAGGGAAUACACACCGGGUUCCGUUUACAAACCGGACACGGGAUACAGCUCGCCCGAUUCGGCGUACCCCCCGAAGGGCCCGCAAGUCGCCUACGGCACCCCGAGCGUUUCUUCAUCCAUCAGCGACUCCUACGCGCAACCCUUCAGGCCGUCGAUCAACUCGAACGAGCACUACGGUGCAACGCACAACUCGUACGGUCCGCCAAGUUCCUCGUUCUACCCCCAGACCUCAUACGGGCCGCCUGGGAACUCGUACCCACCUCCCCAACAAGGUUAUGGAACUUCCAUACACGCUUCCCCUCCAUCUCCGGUGUAUGGGGCACCUUACGCACUGCCGGAUGUGUCUCACAUUUCCAUCUUGCCGACUUUCGAUUUAGGCUGGCCGAUCGCCCUCAAACUGAACGCCUUCACUAUCGCAAAGAUCAUAUUGAAGCUGGUUAUCUUCAAAAUGAUCGUGAAAUUCAUCGCGGCAAUUUGCUUGUUGCUCUUUAUACCUAAACUGGAGAUCAUCAAGAAGAAGGGCAAUAAAGGCGAGGACGAUGAAGAGCGAAGCUUGUCGUCGCCUUACGCCACUUUGAAGACACUGAACGAUCUCGAGGCUACAGUACGAAGCUCCGUCGAGAAAUACGAGGCACAAAACAGCGUUGGUUCCAGUUCGACGAAGAAAUGCACAACACCCAGAUGCCGCAUCGCCGAAGCUCUCACGUUCCGCGAAUCUUGGGACGACUAUUUGAAUUUAUUCAAGAGCUACAUGGAAGAAGAGAGGCAGGUCACGCAACGGAAAGAGCAGUGAGAAGCUUGUCACCUGCAUUCUCACCUCGUCGUCGUCGCAGUCUCGUCUUUCUCUACCUUAUUUAUUUAUUUAUUAAAUUUUACAAAAAUUAA